AUGGAUUCUCCUCUACCGUCGCCUCUGACGGCCCAAGCUGGCAGCGAGACGUCUCGACGAACCAAGGAGAAGGUGGCGAAGCGCAACAUUGACUAUGUCAUUCACGGCAGUUAUGAGAUAAAGACAUGGUACCGUAGCCCAUACGUCCUCGAGGAUGACGAGACCACCUCGUCCUCUGCUUCGACGUCCAACGGCGCAACCUCGACAAUGCACCGAUCUGAUUCUGCGACGAGGGGCAGACGUGGUGGCCGAGGCGGUCAUCAUCGUGGCGAGCCUCGCAGAUCCGCGCUGGAGCGUGUUGCUUCGGCGACCAAUGGUGGUGGGUCUCCUCAUACCUCUGCCCAGGCCGGCAUCGUGUCUGCGUCAGCGCCGGCAGUAAGUGGGAUCGGAGGAGCCCUCUCGAAUAGUGCGGCAGAUGCACCGGCGCUGCAGGCCUCCGUCGACCACGCAUCAAUGCCAGCAUCGUCCUUGCCCGCCUCUCCAACCGCCUCGAGCGUUUCAAGUGAGCCGAUGCAGAUACCCACGGCUGGCGCUGCGGACACCGCUGUUGCAUCUACCCUCGCCCCGACACCUGCUCCAUCCGUCAUGAGCCCCGCUCCAACCGCGUCCUCAGCUCUUGUCAACGGUGCUCAGCAAUCAGACGAGCCCCCAAUCAAGAACCUGUGGGUGUGUGAAGGGUGCUUCAAGUACAUGCGCACAUACGCCGGCUAUGCCGUUCACAAGAAGGACUGCCGAUACACUCACCCCCCAGGACGAAAGGCCUACCAGAGAGGAGCACUCAUCAUUUGGGAAGUUGAUGGCGAAAAGGAAAAGCUUUAUUGUCAAAAUCUGUCCUUGUUCGGCAAGCUUUUCAUCGACCACAAGACUAUCUACUUUGACGUUGAGCCAUUCAUGUUCUACGUCUUGACCGAGGCCACCAGCCAAUUUGACCACGUCAUCGGCUACUUUUCCAAGGAAAAGAUUUCUUACGAUGACUACAACCUCGCUUGCAUCAUUACGUUCCCGCCAUAUCAGAAGCGAAACUACGGCACACUCAUGAUCGAGUUCAGCUACUACCUCUCUUCCUUGACGGAGGUUGCUGGAACGCCCGAGCGACCGCUGUCUGAUCUUGGCUUCAAGGGCUAUGUCUCGUUUUGGUCUGCUGUUGUACUGCGAACGCUGGCAUUGGCCUACAACGAUACGGCUCCGGACAUCAGUCCGCUUCUGCUUCCGUCGACAUACAAUGCAUCUGCAACUCGUCACGGGGGCAAGCUGCACGCGCAAAAUGCCAGCAACCAGCAAGCCUUAGCAAAAGAGCGACAGCGACGUGCCUGCGUUCGCAUCCGCAGCAUCCUUCUCGGCUUAGCAACGGCUCAUCACGACGGACCGUUUGCCACCAAGAGGCUCUUUUCCAGCGUCGACGACGGUGAAGAGGAAGCGCAACGGGCAAAAAAGGCAAGGCGAGCCUCCAAGGGCUGGGCUGGUGAGGUGCCACGAAUGUCCUCGCUUUCCAAACUGGCCGCUGCUGGUUCUUCUUCUUCCCCGUCCAUCUCGACCCCUUUGGGAAAAGGCCAUGAGUCGACAGACAAGGUGGAGCGUCGGACGCCAGAUCGAACACCUGCUGGAGAGAGUCUUAUGGAUACGAGUCCAUUGUCGGCUACGAGCACGACUCGAGAAACAAAUGGCGAAGUUGUGCGACGCGCGACGUUGGAAGAGGAAUACAUCCAGCAAGACGCAAGGCUAGACCCAGAUUCGGACUGGACCGGCUAUGAGUUCUCGCAGGAGCGUUUGGCCACUGCCACAUCGAUGAGGACAGAAGACGUGGCGUUUGCGCUGGCGGAGCUGGGCCUGCUUUGGUUGAGGAAAAAGAAGGAUGGAGAAGGCAGCGAUAAAGGGAGUGGCGGAGCUGGAAGCACGCUUGGAAAUCAAGGGCCGACGAUUGUCAUCAGCCGCGAGGCUGUUCGCGCUGCGAUUCGCGCCAAGAAGCUUAAGGUGCCUAUUCUCGAUGAGACGUACAUCCUUAUUGACUACCGGGCCGAAUGGAAACGGCAAAAAGCAACAACAGAAUCGUCAUAA